UCACACUGCUAUAUUUCAUGCAUUGACGACAUCAACGUAUCAAUCGGACCGGCGUACGCAUGCUUAGAGCUGGAGAGGAGCGCAUGUACACAUUGUACUAUUGAUGAAAAUCAUCUGGAAACGACCGCGCACCGCCUUGCAUUGGUGUUCAUGUAAAAAAAAAAAAAAAAAGUAUAUAAAAACCGCUUUUAUCAAACAAAGCUGCAAAUUGCAGAGCUAAGUGAAGAAGACAUGAGUGUGUGACGACGCUUUGCAAGUGGCUAAGAUGACUGCCAUGACAAUUCAAUGAGAGGAGAGGACACCAAGUGAAGUAUCCCCCGCUUGCUGGAAAGGACACACAGAGUGUUCAAGGUAAAGAGAGGAGAGGGAGAAGAAGAGAGGAGGAGGAAGAAAGAAGGUAUAAGAAAAGAAAGGAGAAGCAGAGGAGCGAGGGAAAGGGAGAGAAAGCGAAGGAUAAACGGUGGAUGGAGGCGGCUCGGACCGGGGCUACGGAGCGCUCUUCACCGACGAAGAAGAAGAACAGCAGCAGCAUCAAGGGGGAGAAGAGAUGGAGGCGAAAGGCAGAAACAUGCCCUCAGAUAUCAGUUUCCUUCCGCGCCCAGCGAUGGUGUGGUGUGAGCGGGGCAUCCAGGUGCUGCUGACCACCAUGGGAGCGUUCGCGGCCUUUGCCCUAAUGACGGUAGCUAUUGGUACAGACUACUGGCUGUACGCCCGCGCCUUCAUCUGCAACAGCACAGCCAACUCUUCCCAGGAGGACUCCAACAACAAGGACAAGAAAGACCCUGGGGCACUUACCCACUCCGGCCUCUGGAGGAUCUGCUGCCUGGAAGGCUUGAAGCGAGGUGUGUGUUCCCAGAUCGAUCAUUUCCCAGACGACGCUGACUACGACCAAGAUUCUGCAGAGUAUCUGCUGCGUGUGGUGCGAGCCUCCAGCAUCUUCCCCAUCCUCAGCGCCAUAUUGCUCCUGCUGGGUGCAGUGUGUGUUGCUUCCAGUAGCUUCUACAAGAGCAAAAGAAACAUCAUUCUCGGUGGAGGGAUCCUCUUUGUAGCUGCAGGCCUCAGUAACAUCAUCGGAGUGAUCGUGUACAUCUCAGCAGCACUGAGCGACAUCUCCCCUAAGAAAGAUGAGGACAAGAAGUGGCACUACUCCUACGGCUGGUCCUUCUAUUUUGGUGGCCUGUCCUUCAUCCUGGCCGAGAUGGUGGGCGUCCUCGCUGUAAACAUUUACAUCGAGAAGAACAAGGAGCUGCGCUGCCGCUCUCGCACCGACCUCUUCAAGAGCACCACGCAUGCCAUGCUGCGAUUGCCCAGCUACCGCUUCAGACGACGCUCUCGCUCCAGCUCGCGCUCCACCGACCCACCGCGCUCACAGGAGACCUCGCCCAUUGGCACGUCCAAGACCUUCAGCCUGCCGCCCUCUGCUCCACCCUUCUCCGUGGCCACUCUGCCAAACCCGCACCAUACCAGCAGCGGUGGAAGUGGAGGCGGCGACAUCUCCAUGUACACCCUAACGAGGGACUCCAAGAUGGGCAGCCUGGGAGGCGGCGCUCCACCUCUCUACGGCACAGUGGACCGCGCCACACUGUACCAACUCCACAACUACUUUCCAAAAGAUUCCAGCGGCAGUGGUGGAGGAGGAGGAGGGGCGAUAAGCAGUGGCACACUCCCAUCUCACUCCAAGUCCAAUUUGGCGGCGGCGGCGGCUGUAGCCCAGAAUGCAGCACCUCUGAAUACCUCCACGUCCGCCGUCACACCGGCCCAGCCGGCUCCGAUAUCUACAGCCACCAUGGAGAGGGACAGGGGCAACAUGGGAACCCUGGACCGACUGACGGCCAAAAGAGACAGGGAUAGCAACUCAGAUACACUUAACAGGAAAACUACGCCAGUUUAAAACUAAACCUCAGAGAGGCGGGAGAGAGGGUUUAAGAGACGUUAGAGAUAUCUGAGUUGAGAGAGAGCAAGAGUAGGGCUGAAAAUGUGUGGGUGACACUUCAAAGGUAAUGUUUCUGUCCUUGAGCCUGGGGUAUCUAGCUGCCAUAAUUACUUACCAAUAUCAUUAACAGUCAUAGAGCACCUGAGAUUAUGUGCAAAUUCAUGACAACUGCCUUAAAAUGGUCAUGACUUUAGCUACCAACACUUGUUUUUGAGUUAAUUAUACAGCAAUGGUGCAGUGGAGGCUUCGGCAUGAGGAAAAUGGUUUUUCGUUGAUGCACAAAAUCACACACACACAACUGGGAGCUUCCCAGUAAAACCAGUCUCCUGCUGCUGGUUGGGGGUGAAGCGCCUUGCUGAGGAGGCGGGGGAGCUCAGUAGUUAUUUACUCUCCCCUUCUACAAUUUUUUUCAGCUGCUGUGGGGAUUUAAAGCAACACUAAAGCACUAUUCCUGCUUCGGUCCCCCUACAGGUUGGAAGCGGGAUUGUCCAUUACAUUACAUUAU